AUGAAUUCGGAAUUACUUAUUGGCUUGCCGAAUCUAUCAUUUCCGAAAGUUGUUGCAAUGAAAAUAACCUUACAAGAUACUAUUAGAUGUUUCAAAGAAUUAGCUGAAGAAUAUGAUGAGCUAAAUAAGGAAAACAUGGAAUAUAAAUCAAAAUUUCAGUCAGUUGAAGAAAAGUGUAAUUGUAAAAGUUUGAGUAGUCAAGAUGAAUUAAAAAAAGAACUACAACAGAAAAAUUAUUUAAUACAAAAAGUUGCUUCAGCCCUUACAGAACUUCUAGAAACAAAAGACCUUAAGAUAAUAGAUGACAUUUUUAAAAUAAUAUGUAGUGAAACAAAGUUAGAUCAUAAUGAUGUAGCAGUAAAAGAAGAAGUACAGGAUGAAUCUUUGUCAGAAAUAGCAGGAACCCCUGGUCGCAAGAGUCCUAUUAUUCUAAUGAGCAAAAAAGUUAAGACGAAUACAGCUUUUGGCUUAAGUCUAAAUAAGAAAAGUGAGGAAACUAGGGAAACACCAGAAAAAUGUGUCAAGUUGAUAUUUCCAUCUCCAACUAGAAGUAAAGGUAGUGGUCGGUUAAAGCAGUCCAGACUUAAUGUUUUAAAAGAGAAAUCUUCACUUGUGGUUGACCUUACUUGCUCACCAGAAGCUGUUAGGACUGAUAAUGAUAAGUGUAAUGUUAAAAAAGAAGUAACAGACUAUGAUGAAACAAUAUUACCUUCACCAACAAGUGGGCCAUUUCUUUUGCAUCAAAUGUUUAAAUCGAUGUCAAGGGAUAGUCCAAGUAAAUUCAAAAAGCCUCAAUCACCGCUCAAGUUAAAGUUAGAAGAAACAGAAACUUUUCACGAUAGGAAUCGAACUGACUCAGCAACAUACACACAACAUUCAAUUGAUUUGAUGAAGCAUUGCAGACGGAACUUAAAAAUAAAUAAAUCAGAGAAUGAAGACGAAAACAUGGAGUGUGAUGCGAACGACAGUGUUUCAUUAUUGCAUAAUAAAAAUAGUCCGCAAAAGGCGCCGUUAGGUGUAAACAACAACGUUUUAAACACACAAGUAGAUAUGGAGUCGAGCCUGUCGAUAUUACAGCGAAACGCGAGAAUUUCACCCCCAAAAACGACUUUGCCUAAGAGGACAAAGUUGGAACCAGUAGAGCCGGUGUAUAAGGAGCCCACACUGAGGAAAAAAAGUGAUAAACGGGCCUUACCUGGAUGGAGCUGUGAUAAUUGUAUGCAGUUCUAUGGUACCUUAUACGCUGACAAGCCAGACAUGCUUGCUCAGAAGAUGGAAGAGUGUUCCAAACACCGAGGCCGAAAUAACCCCAUUCGUCCCUCCACUCCUAAUGGUUUUUGGGAUAUUAGAUGGGAUGUGCCUGCAGAUACUGAAGAGUUUAAUAGAAGGAAUAAUGCUGUAUAA